UGCGAGCAACAGCGACUUCGAGAAAGACGUUUUCACCACCACCGCCGCCCACAGACUCGCCACGCUCUCACAGGCACGUCUUCCGUUCCAUCGCAGCACUUAUAUGUCGGACGUGCGCCGGAACCACUUUUGCCUCGCUGGCUCAGAAGCAAUUGGAGCACGCAAAAUUUGCAGACGAUCAGCACACUGCAGGCCAAAAGUUUAACCGGUUUCCAUUCGUCCAACCUUCGUUGAUAAGUCAGCAUUGCAUGUAGGCGCAGAUCGUUGGCAAUGGCAGCCUCCUAUGUCGAUCGAAUCGUCGGCUCUGCCAAAGAUCUUACAAGAUCUGCCUUUUCUGGAGCCCCCGGCAUCGAAGCAGAAAUUCAAUCUCGUGACUUCUUGGGGCUAGGAAAACGAGUAGGAGAGCCAGGUUCAUCGUCCAGAAGUGCGCCAUUACCUGCUCAACUCUCCAGGCAGGCUCGGGCGACCAGCGCUGCUAACGACUCCUUUCGCGAAUACGGAGCAUGGGUCAAAGAUGUCGAGAGCGAAUACCGCGACUUCGUCUGCGGAUCUUCCAGCCCUGUGCAAAGCACCUCGAGCCGCGAGGGGUCCCCAGAAUUAUUCAACGGGACCGCGUGGGAUGGAGUAUGGAAGUCCAAGCAAGCGGCGUACACGGGCACCAGGCGGAGCUCUGUCUCUAUGCACGAAAAUGCACAGUCGGGCACAACAACGCCAAUCUACCAACGAUGCUCUGACGGAAAAGUUGUAUACCAAGACGAUGGACGGCCAGAGUGGCGCUGGCGGCACGAGUGGAAACGAAUCAACAAGCAUCUCUCGCGAGAGCAAUUGAGGCAGCACAAUCAGACCAGCAAUGAUGUCAACUUCGAAUUCGACCACACGGCUCGUAUAGAAGUUCAAAAUAUGGACUCCUACAACAUUCGGUCUGCAGCGUUAGCUCGAUUGCAACAGCUGGAACAACACCUUAUGUCGGUUCAGAAGCCCGUUGCAGACAGCCUCCAAUCAUGGAAGCCAGAUUGGGAGAUGCAGCAGCAUGAGCGAUGUGACUGGACCGUGGAACGAGAGACUGAUCGUGUCACUGGCAAUCAGGAUGAGUUACCAGAACGCUACUUUUUCACUUGCCAGCUGCAGGGCUGUCACCAUCGGCUACUGCGACAAAGUGAAAACCUCACGCUGGAGGUACGGCAGAGAGUUUGUGUUCAUGACGACUGCGGGUAUGUGUCUGAUACCGUAGAAAACUGGCUCCGACAUGUGACGACACCCCAUCACAAUCUUCAGCAUAGAACCGGCAGAGAUGGCUAUAUUGAACUUGACGAAGACGAGAAAAUGCCCGACUGGGCGAGCUCUGACAGUGAGCACUCGACUGACUGCGUUGCUGUAUGAGCACUGCGCCUCACUGAGGCCGUCUAACCUGCUUCUAGAGAGCGCCAGUUUUAUCCGCGGGGGCAUAUGGCUUGUCCGCACAAAUUCGAAUACGAAGCUUGACCUCCGAUUCGAGCCCAACCACGAUGCACGUGGGAUGCGGGAACAGAUCAAGUCUUACGAACGCUGUUCCACGGAAUUGAGACUUGGAGAGUGGGAUUCGCCGUCAUAGCUCUGUGAGCUGUACUGAUGAAAGGGUAGUAGCCCAAUGUCACAAUCGACGCAGCGCAAGCAGGAUUCGCCAGCAGCUGGAACGGUUCCAGCAGCGCCACCUCCACGCCUUUUCCACUGAAAUGGUCGUGGGGAGACUUUCCGGUCAAUAUUCAACAACUGUAAAUUAUAUUGACAAUCAAUAUGAUCGAACAGACGCUUUGGCUGUCUGGCAACAUCCUUGGACACUUGUCAAUGUCGUUCGUACGACCUUUUCUACAUUGGAGCGAAACGAGAUCAGCGUGAUGACUUUCUGUUCAAUUAUAUAUUGACAAGAACACUUCUCACGCCGAGAACUAAUCUACCAUCAACAUCACUACUGAGCAACU